AUGGACGGCUUCUACGACCAGCAGGUUCCCUUCAUGGGUCCCGGGAAGUCCUGCGCAGAGGAGGGCCGAGGCCGGCCAGGGUCUGAUAGGAAAAGGAAAUUUUUGGAGACCGAUCUGGCCCACGACUCGGAAGAGCUCUUCCAGGAUCUCAGCCAGCUUCAAGAGGCCUGGCUAGCUGAAGCUCAGGUUCCCGAUGACGAACAGUUUGUCCCAGAUUUCCAGUCUGACAACCGGGACGACUCUCCCUCCGAGCAGAGGCAGCAGACCUUCGCCGUGCCACGGCCGCCUCACCCGCCCAUGCACAUGCCAAAGAUGAUGUCUGAAAACCAAUACCCCGCAGAGCACAGGUUCCAGAGGCAGCUGUCUGAGCCCUGCCACCCCUUCCCGCCGCAGCCCAGGGUCCCGGGGGACCGCCGCCCCAUCUACCACCGGCAGCUGUCAGAGCCCCUCGGCCCCACCGCCCCCCGCCCCGCUCAGGGAUUCAAGCAGGAGUACCACGACCCGCUCUACGAGCACAGCGGCCCCAGCCUGCCCGGCCCCCCUGGCCCUGGCUUCCAGCCCCCCAUGGGCAUCAAGCAGGAGCCCCGGGACUACUGCAUUGACUCAGAAGUGCCUAACUGCCAGUCCUCGUACCUGCGGGGGGGCGUCUUCCCCAGCAGCCAAGACGGAUUUUCAUACGAAAAGGACACGCGAUUGUAUUUUGAUGACACAUGUGUGGUACCGGAGAGGCUGGAAGGUAAAGUGAAGCAGGAGCCCACCCUGUACCGCGAGGGCCCUCCCUACCAGCGGCGCGGGUCCCUGCAGCUCUGGCAGUUCCUGGUCACCCUCCUGGACGACCCUGCCAACGCCCACUUCAUCGCCUGGACCGGCCGGGGAAUGGAGUUCAAGCUGAUCGAGCCUGAGGAGGUAGCGCGGCGCUGGGGCAUCCAGAAGAACCGACCGGCCAUGAACUACGACAAACUCAGCCGCUCCCUGCGCUACUACUACGAGAAGGGCAUCAUGCAGAAGGUGGCCGGCGAGCGGUACGUCUAUAAGUUCGUCUGCGACCCCGACGCCCUCUUUUCCAUGGCCUACCCCGACAACCAGCGUCCCUUCCUGAAGACGGAGCCCGACUGCCCGGUGCCCGAGGAGGAGACGGUGCCGCUGACACACUUCGAGGACAGCCCGGCGUACCUCCUGGAGAUGGAUCCCUGCGGAAGCCUCCCCUACGCGGAGGGCUUCGCUUACUGA